AUGACAAUCUUAUCUGCUAUUACUUCUCUCUCACCAAUGAGCGGUUCAUCAAAAUCAAGAGUUUCUGCUGGUAAAGGUGCAUCAUCCAUGGGUUCAAAUAAGAUUCAAUGUGGCUCUUGUGACGCUGGUGGUUAUUCAUACUAUUACUACUAUUCAAAUCCAGUAACCUACACCACAACCUAUACCUAUGACUACAGUAUCGAUGGUGGUGCUUCAAGCGGUAGCAGUGGAUCCUCAUCAGGUAGCGGAAGCGGUUCAUGCGGUUGUAACUAA